AUGGACUCAUCUUCCAGAGCAGCUUGUCCCGUCGAGCCGCCGCCACUCCUCUCCUCGGGAUCCCAGCAACCAUCUUCACCCUCGUUUUCCUCACCGCACCAACCACCAGCCAGAUCCACCAGCCGCCGCUGUGAUCUGAUCUGUUGGAUCAGGAUACAACGGCAGCCAGCGACCCAGCCACCCACGCUUCCCCCGCAGCUCUCGUUCCGAUCUGAAUCGAGGCACUACCUCCGGCCUAUAGCCGCGUGGAGCUCCUCUGCGCCGAGCUGCAGCAGGCCUCGAGCGACCCCGCUGGAGAGCGCCACCGCCGGAGUUGCUCCGUUCCUUCGCCCUCAUCCACCAGGCAGGAACCCCAAGGCCGCCGCGGCCAAGCCAUGGAACCUCUCCGCCGCCAAGAACCACCGCAACUACUCUGUUCCCUACCUCGACGACCCUCUCCGUGAUCGGGUCCGGCGAGCUCCGCGUCUGAAGCUGCCUCCUGCGUCCCUGCAAUCGAGCGGCAGCAGUUCAGGCGGAGGAUGUCGCCACUACCUCGACCCCUGCCUGGAUUCCCCUCCGCCGGCCCAGCCGCGUCGUCCAGCGCCCGGAUCCGCCACUUCCUCCGAUCGUCGUUCCCAUCUCCGGCCUCCACUCACCGGCUCUCUGCUCCCCUGCUUCCCCUGCAGCGAACAGCAAGGCGCCAUGGCCCUCGUCGACCGCACGCUCCUGGGUCGCUUCCCCCCAUUGCCAGAUACGGCCCUGCGCCUCCUUUACCGGCCUCUCUUGUUGGCCUCUCUUCCACCAAACGGGCCAAGGCCCAGGGUGAGCAGCCCCCAAGCGCCCUUCCUCUUGUUUUUUUUCACCUGUUGGGCCAGCCAAAUUCGGCCUGUGUAUGUUUUUUUCUAGCGUCUGUGAAUUUGUCUACUUUUUUUUCAGAGAGACCAGUUUUACAGGAAACCCCCUAAGCUUCAUGCAUUUAAUAACUAAAUAACCGUGCA